AUGAUCAGAUGGGCUGCUGGAGGGAGUAAGGCUGCCUCUGCCUCGUCCUGCUCCAGGGCUGGGUUAGGGGAUCAUUCUGGUUCGACGACCAGCUCCAGACUAAGAUCAUCAACACUGCUUUCCUCCCUAUCUUUGCCUCUCCUGAUUACCCUGGUGGUUUUCUCCUUCUCCUUACCUGGGGCGGCCUGCCAUCAGCUACACAGAGACAGACUGAAGCUCCCAAACCCACAAACUCUCAGGGUUCCACUGAACAUUUCUGAGACUGAGCUUGUGUCUAGGCCCACGGCCACUGGUGGCCCCCUGGGCCGGACUGGGGGACCACAGGGUAGGCAUGUGCGCAGCUACAAUCAUCUCCAAGGGGACAUACGUAGGAGGAAGCUGUUCUCUUUCCAGAAGUUUUUCCUGAGGAUCGAUAAGAAUGGAAAGGUCAAUGGAACCAAGAGCAAGGAUGACCCCCUCAGUAUUCUGGAAAUCACAUCGGUGGCCGUGGGAGUAGUUGCCAUCAAAGGGCUGAACAGCAACUACUAUCUGGCUAUCAGCAGGAAGGGAGAACUGUACGGAGCGAGAGAGUUCAGUGUUGACUGCACCCUGAAGGAGCGGAUUGAGGAGAACGGCUACAACACUUACGCAUCAGCCGAGUGGAAGAACAAGAAGCGGCAGAUGUUUGUGGGUCUGAAUGUCCACGGGAAGCCACUGAGAGGGAAGAGAACCCGCAGGAAGAACACGGCCACCCACUUCCUUCCAAUUGUGGUGUGAACUGAAGAACUCAACUGGAGAAGGAGGAUAUGCAGCACUGGACAGAGAGGUUUUCAAUACUGAAAAAAGCUGUAAAAUAAAGACAUUCACCGAGAAAUCUCUCAUUUGGAAACAAGGCACUAACACUGUUACUCAAAAGUAUGAUCUCUGCUCCUGACUGAGAUCAUGUACUUUAUUUGGUGGGAGAAGAUGAUAUCUGUGUUUUCUAUGGCACAGGAUGCAAUAUUUAUCCUUUUUUUCUGUGCCAAACAGUUUGCAACUGGAGUAUGUGUGUAAUGUGGAUACUGUCCCGGCUGUGGUAGAUGAAGACGUUUUUCGAGAUGUUAUUUAUAAUCCAAAUUCUCCUGUGAGACUCCAGAUAAUCCACAACAUAAAGGGGAGAGAUGGAAGAGAGAAAUGGAUAAGAUGAGGGAAAUGAUCGGUCAGUUUAUCAUGACAGCAUUAAAUAAUAAAGGAAACAACACAUUUAAAGCAAA